CGCCGACUGGCAACCACAACGUACACCAAUUCACCGACAGCUCUCCAAAACUCCCUCCCAGAGCGGCCUACCUCUCCCUCCAUAUCCAUAUCCCCUCGCUCUUGGGCCCUCUUAUCUGCCGAGCUCCCACGACUACCUCCGGGAGAGGACACGUUUGGUGGAGCGCAAAGCGAUAGAUAUUCGACCGACUCGACUGAGGGUUGGUGGCUAGGGCCAAAGUCGAGAAACAUGGAUAAAAAGCAUGAGGACGUGGCUAUGGUGGCGCAGAUAGACAAGACGUCGGUGUUCCAGGAAGCACGAGUAUUCAACCAAAGCCCAAUUUCGCCUCGAAAAUGCAGAGUGAUAUUAACGAAGCUGGCUUUACUCCUCUUCACGGGGGAGAGCUGGGGGCGGCAGGAGGCUACAACUCUCUUUUUUGGAAUCUCGAAGCUCUUCCAGAAUAAAGAUGCUUCCCUCCGCCAGAUGGUCUACCUGGUCAUCAAGGAACUCGCUGGCUCCGCAGACGACGUUAUCAUGGUCACAUCCUCCAUAAUGAAGGACACAUCCGUCGGUAGCGACGUAGUUUACCGACCAAACGCCAUCCGCGCCCUCUGCCGUGUCAUUGACGCCUCUACUGUACAGGCUAUCGAACGUCUCGUCAAAACCUGCAUCGUCGACAAGAACCCUUCCGUUUCUUCCGCUGCGCUCGUGUCCUCAUACCACCUUCUCCCCGUUGCGAGAGAUGUCGUCAGGAGGUGGCAGUCCGAAGCAGCCGAAGCCGCAUCCGGCGGUAAAUCUGGAGGCGGCUUUUUGGGUGGGUUCGGAGGAAGCUCACAUAGCGCUCUGCAGGCUAGCACGAACUAUAUGACGCAGUACCAUGCUAUUGGGUUACUGUAUCAGAUGAGGUCGGGCGACAGAAUGAGCUUGGUCAAGAUGGUGCAGCAGUAUGCAGCAGCAGGUGUUGUCAAGAGUCCAGCUGCUACUGUCUUGCUCGUGAGGCUAGCAGCGAAGCUUGCUGAAGAGGAUCCGAAUCUGCGAAAGCCGAUGAUGCAAUUACUUGACGGAUGGUUGCGCCACAAGUCAGAAAUGGUUAACUUCGAAGCCGCAAAGGCGAUAUGCGACAUGCGCGAUGUUACGGAUGGUGAACUUGUGCAGGCCGUACAUGUUCUUCAACUAUUCCUCACGUCUCCUCGCGCGGUCACGAAAUUCGCCGCUCUAAGGAUAUUAUCUACUAUGGCUUCGUUCAAGCCGGAUGCAGUCCGAUCUUGCAACCAAGAUAUCGAAUCUCUCAUCACGAACUCGAACCGUAGCAUCGCGACAUUUGCCAUCACAACUCUUUUGAAGACUGGCAAUGAAUCCUCCGUCGACAGGUUAAUGAAACAGAUCUCCGGCUUCAUGGCUGAGAUUACCGAUGAAUUUAAAGUCACCAUCGUCGAAGCCGUUCGCACCCUGGCUCUGAAGUUCCCCAACAAGCAAUCCGGGUUCCUUGCAUUCCUCAGCGGCAUCCUGCGUGACGAGGGUGGCUACGACUUUAAGCGAGCUGUAGUUGAGGCUAUCAUGGAUCUGAUUCGAUUCGUCCCAGAUGCAAAGGAAGAUGCUCUAGCUACUCUUUGCGAGUUUAUCGAAGAUUGCGAGUUCACCAAACUUGCUGUUCGAAUUCUCUUCCUGCUUGGUAGAGAAGGUCCAUCAACACCGCACCCUACCAAGUAUAUUCGGUACAUUUACAACCGAGUCGUACUAGAGAAUGCCAUCGUACGAGCUGCCGCUACUUCCGCAUUGGCUAAGUUUGGUGUUGGCCAAAAGGACCCGGAGAUUAAGAAAUCGGUGCAUGUUCUUCUGACCCGUUGUCUUGAUGACGUCGACGAUGAGGUUCGAGAUCGCGCUGCACUAAACCUUAGAUUAAUGGACCAAGACGAUGACCUGGCAAUCAAGUUUAUCCGCAAUGAUUCAAUGUUCUCAUUACCAGUGCUCGAGCACCAGCUUGCCAUGUAUGUCAGCUCGGAUUCGCGAGGUACCUUCGAGAAUGCUUUCGACAUAUCCAAGAUCCCCACUGUCUCCCGUGAGCAAGCGGACGCAGAAGACCGUACCAAGAAGAUCGCCACUGCUACCCCGACUCUCAAGGCACCAAGUACUGGACCCAAGGGACCCGCAAAGACAAGUGCCGACGUUGCAGCAUCUGCCGCAGCGACGGCUCAGAAAUAUGCUGCGGAAUUGCAGAAGAUUCCGGAACUGGCAGCAUAUGGCGGCGUGCUCAAGUCCAGUGCUGUUGUGGAGCUUACCGAGUCCGAAACUGAAUACGUCGUCUCUGCCAUCAAGCACAUUUUCAAAGACCAUGUUGUCAUUCAAUACGAUAUCAAGAAUACACUUCCUGAGACCGUACUUCUCGAUGUCCAGAUGGUAGUCUCGCCAGAAGACGACGGCGACGUUCAGCUAGAAGAAGAGUUCAUUAUUCCCGCACCCAAACUAGUCACAAACGAGCCUGGUACCGUCUACGUAUCCUUCAAACGUCUAGAGACCGAGUCACAAUACAUCGCCACCUCAUUCACCAACGUCCUUAAAUUCACUAGUAAGGAAAUAGAUCCCAGCACCGGUGAGCCCGAAGAGGGCGAAGGCUACGAAGACGAAUACCAAGUCGAGGACUUGGAUCUGAACGGCGCGGAUUACGUCGUUCCGGCUUACGCUGGAAGCUUUGAAAACAUCUGGGAGCAGGCGAAUGCCGAUUCUGCGGUUGAGACGCUACAGUUGGGGAAUAUGAAGAGUAUAGCUGAGGCAGAUGCAACGGAACAACUCACAAAAACUCUCUCGCUACAGCCAUUAGAAGGCACGGAUAUUGCGCUCUCGACAUCAACACAUACGCUCAAGCUUUACGGUAAGACUAUCACUGGCGGUAAGGUUGCGGCGAUGGUUAGGAUGGCGUAUAGUGCUAAGACAGGUGUGACGAUGAAGAUUGAGGCCAGGAGUGAAGAGGAGGGUGUUGCGGCGUUGGUGGUUGGUAGUGUGGCAUAG